CCAGUGUGCUGUAUGAGGUUGGGGGAUGGAGGCUGGUGGUAUUAACCUUACACUCUUUGGUGGUCUGUCUGCCCACACUCGAGUAAACGAAUGAUGCAUAUACUAUGUAGGUUUUUCCCUGGUGGGUGCCAUGAAGGUCACUGAAAAUAGUUCACCCACCUGUGUGAUUAAAAACAUGGUACAUUUAUGGGUUUUUUUUAUUUUUUUUUUUUUAAUGUUUACAUAUUUUGUACUUGUGUAUUUACCUAAUUUUCUUCACAGGCAUCCUUUUGCUUUCACAUUAACUAGUGGUGCAUGACUGGGAAAGUUUGGUGACUCACUGCUAAAGUUGGCUUUCUAUGAUAUUAUAAAUUGAACACUACUAAAGUCUGUUUGACAUGCUACUGCAAAUCCUUAACUGCUUUUAGGUUUGGAACUUUGGGUACUUUAUUUCUCAAUAUAAUGCAAAUGUCUGUGUGAAUUAUUUCUGAACUGGGGAUAUUAUUUACACAAAGCAAACACACUGCACUCCAGAGUUUCUUUUUUAUUUGUAUUUUGGCGUACUGAAGUUUCUCAGGUUAAUCUACCCACACAGUGUUUUUUAAACCAAAGAGAUUCUGGUCUGAAACUAAUUUACAUGGAGACUGUACUUAGUAGGAGGCUAAACAGAUUGUUGGCCAAUUACAAGAAAUGGCAAAUUCACUCAUUAUUCAUGGCUAAAAUAUGGGGGCUGAGUGAAAUGACAGUAAACCAGUGAAAACAAAGCACUGUCAAAUGUUGAAUCUCACAAUGAUUUUUCUGUGUUUCUUAAAAAUUCCCACUACAGCAGUACACUCUAGUAUAAUGAUUCAUUGUACAAGUUCUAUUACAGUAAAUGCUUGCUCAGCAAAUAAUUAUCCCAAAAAGACAUCUUUACUGUAAAAUAGAUGGCAGGGUUUUUUUAAAACACAGAAAUGGUCCAUCUUUAGAAACUAAACGGUUAUGUUUUUCUGAGUGUGCUUUCUAGUUUGUGAUUAAUUUAGAGUUACUAGAAAAAGAUAAGUCAUAAGUCUACUCAUAUCUUUAGAUGUUCUCUUUAUUUUUGAUUAAACUUGGCCGUUUGAAUUAGCCACAGACUUACUCUUGAAUUAAACCUCGUGCAUACCACUGCUCCAUUUCACCUAUAUGUUACCUACUAGUUUACUCUCGUGUUAUAAUGAUGCAUGUGACACUUUCCACCCACAAGCAUAUGUGUUGUUGCCCUACAUAGCUAAAGGGGGUGUUGGUAGUGGGAGUCCAUGAUGCUGCUUCCUGUCUCCAUUGCACAUCAGAAUUUCCCUUUCUGCCCACCCACUUUAGUUUUGUAACGUGCAGUGGGUCGCUCUAAGUUAUUCUGUCUCAGUCGUGUGUUGGUGUCAUGCUGCUCUCAUGUCAAUACAACUGCUUUCACUGUUUUUGAAUUGACGUAGAGAGCGGUGCUUUCAGGAGGUAAACUGACAGACUAGAGUAUUUUGUAGACAUCACACCACAGUGCACUGAUGAAGGUGUUGAGUGGCCACGUUGUGACAAAAUCCCAGACUGAGGACAGCAUGGACCUACUCAUCAUGCCAGCCUCAGCUGUUCAUUUGAAUAUGGGACUGCCCCAACUUAAGCAAACAUAUGACAGCAAGUUGACAAACUCCAUCCACACUGACAAUAUCAACCGAAAGCGCUGGAGGAGCCUUUUUCAGCGUGUACAAAGAAAACAGAUGGAUCCUGGCUGUGCUACUCGGCUUCAAAAGAAGGCACUUUUUGGACAAACUUUGUCAGAUGUUUGUGAAAAAAAUGGCAAUCCCCCAAAACCCAUUAUGGAGAUUCUCUUAGUGCUGUGCAGAAAGGGCGCACAAACAGAAGGAGUGUUCAGGAAAGCUGGUAAUGCCAGGGCUCUGAAAGAGAUCAAGGAGCAGCUCAACAAUGAAGUGGAAGUGGAUCUGAAAAAUCAGCAUGUGAUCUUACUAGCUGAUCUCCUCAAGGAUUUCUUGAGGCACCUGCCUGGCAGUUUGCUAACUGUGGAUCGGUACCAGGCCUGGAUGACAGCAAUGAAAAAGCAGGAUUUACAUGAAAGGUGCACUGAGCUCCAAUUGGUGAUUAAUACACUUCCAGAGCCAAAUAUUGUCCUCCUGAAACAUCUAAUUGUUUUGCUGUACCAUAUAAGCGCCAAUACGGAGAGAAACAAGAUGGAUUCCAACAGUUUAGCUGUUUGUGUUUCACCCAACUUGCUCCAAAGUGACACCUUUGAAAUGCAAAAAAAUGUCUCAAACCUGACGAAGUUCCUCAUUGAUAAAUGCUGUGAAAUAUUUGGAAAGGAUGCACUAACACUUCUUGGGGCCCCAGAAGAGGAAGAACUCAGUGAUAAAAAUGAUUCACUGUUAUCACUCCAUCAUGAUUCUGCCUAUGACAGCAAUGACCCUGACAUGGAUGGGUAUCAAGGGAGCUACACAGAAAUGCACGCCUUCCAUUCUGACACUGAAGAGAAAACUCUGGAUCGCUUUCAAGUGUCCUCCUCCCCUGACGCGGUGGGGAAACAAACUAGCAAACCUUUUAUUCGCAGGCGCUCUGAGCCAACAAUUGUCUUCAACAAAAGUGAUCGAAACCAGUCUGCCCUAACCAGGAGUCACACAGAUAUGGACUUUUAUGGACAUCAUUUGACAAAACAGAUGUCGGACGAAUGUGUUUUGUUUGGGGCAGGCAAAAGCUUGUUAACCGUGCAUAAGAACAUCUAUAUUUCAUCUCUAGGUGAGCAUUUCCAGCGCACUUCUAAAGACUAUUCAUGCUGUUCCUCUAGUUCUCUAGAAAGCACCUUGUCCAGUGCCUCAGAGAGCUCCAUCCAAACCAGCUCCCCUAUUAUUUCAUCCUCCAAUCAUAGACUGGCCGUCCAACGUAAACUGUCUUUCCCCAACCGUUCAAAGGCACAUGGGAGUGUACUUGGUGAGACCACCAAGAAACGUUCCCAAUCAAUGAAAACUCCAAAUUCUCGGACUAAGAUUAGCUUUUCUCGAGGUGGCAUUAGCAAACGUGCUCAGAAAGCCUUACGCCACAGCCAGACUCUCCCUGAAUUGCUGCCUCUCGACAGGAACUUCCUUGUGUCACAGAAGCCCCGACGUUUGUCUAGUGAGGAAAUGUUUCAGCAACCGGACAGCAGGAUUUUGAGUAAUCCUCCAUCCUAUGAGCAAGCAAUUCAAGAUAAUGCUCACACUGCGAUUUCAAUCUGCAGCCCAUUGACUGUUGAAGCUGCCAGGUGUCUGUCAAGGCACACAUGCAGUCAGUCCACAUUCCCAUCUGCGGAACCAUCAAAUUCCUGCUCAGUCAAACAUUGCAGUUACUGGGGUGGAGAGACGAGUGAUGUAUUGUCUGCAUCAUGUACCCCAGCAGAGUCUCAACAGAAGACCAUAUCCGAGACUGAAUCUACCGACGUCCUGUUGCACUGUUGUAGUCGACCACUGUUGGAGUCUUUGGAUGUCAGAGAGUCAAAUGUGUGACGUGUUCGGUUUUAUUACAUCUAUAAAUCUGUGGGACAUUUUUCUACUGAUGUAUUGUAUUUUGAAGCAAAAAAAAAAAAAGAAGUGUACCUCUGUAAAAUAACAAGAGCUUCUAAGAAGUCUGUAAUUGUAUCUAUAAUGUCCAUAUAAAAUGCAUCUUUGACGAGCUAUUAUGAUUUAUGACUUGUAUUUCGUCUGCACUUUACUUUGUUGCAUUUUCCACAUUCAUAGAAGUGGUAGAAAAGUGCUCGUUGAGAGAAUGUCAUCACUACGAAUCAUCAGAUGUCACAUGUAGAACACAUGUCUCAGUACGUACUGAGGAAAAGCACAUACUGUAUCUACCACACGCUGAACUGUGAUACUUAUUAUAAAAAAAAAAAAAAUGGUACGAUACUACCACGCCCUACAUGUAUGAAGUAGUCAUUAAGGGUGGAUUUCCGUGGACACAUUACGACAAGUUACACAUCCAUGGUAAAAAAAAACAAACAAACAAACAACAAAACUGUUCAUGUAAAAUGGAUGUUAAUAGCACUUUUGUGGCCUUGUUUGUACACAAUAAACAUUUGUCUGUCGCCCUA